AUUCUUUUAUCACGCUUCCAGCUGAGAUUGGUAGUUUUGAACAACUUUGCAAUUUACUUAAGGAAGAUAUUUCCUUUACAGUGUUCAAAAACACAAAUGAAAGAAUGUUACAAUCAUUAAAAUAUACUCCUGAUAGAAAGGGUGGUAAUACAUCACGAUUUAUUUCAAAUUUUCGCAAAUUAUGUUAUAAUGCUGAAAUAAAUGACGUAGAAAAACAAAAGGAAUAUCUCUAUAAAUCACUCCCAGUGGAUUAUUUAGAUCGUGUUUCAAAUGAAUUUCAUAAGAAAAUGAAAAAUGUGAAUUCAAUCAAUGAAUUAAUUAAAAAAUUCGAAGAUAUUAUUGUUGAUGAAGAAAAUUUAAUUACAAAUGAAUCUGUUGUAGCAUUAAAACAUGUUGUUACGGGAAAAUAUUUAAGUUCGAAUAAAGACUUGAAUUAUACGACCGGAAGCAAAUCUCAAUUGGUUUUUGCAGUUAGUUCAGAUCUUGAUCCAAGUUCUUUAUGGAAAAUUAAUUUUAAUAAGGAAUUAAGUACCUACACCAAUGGUUUUAUAACUUUACAACAUGUCAAAUCCAAAAUGUUCCUUGGAAUAGAUUAUGGAAAGAAUGAAUAUAAUGGAAGUUUUCAUUAUACACAGUAUUACGAUCACAAAUCACCGUCAACUAAUCACACAGAAGUGAAUUGUAAUGAUAUAAACUAUCAUAGAUAUUGGGUUAAGGAUUGGGAGUUUAAUCAUGCUAAAGUAAGAGACAAUCAGGGCUUUUUAAAAUCAAAUGAUAUUAUUAAUCUACGCAUUAAGAAAUCCCAUGAUAUUAAUGGUAAUUAUUGUCAAAAUGGUCAAUAUGAAUUUUUACGUAGUCAUGAUAUUCAAUUUACUAUUGGAAACAAUAUUUUUCAAGAAGUUGUUUGCCAUAACAAAAGAUUGGGAGGAAUUGAUGAAUGGCGUAUUGAGCUUUUUAAACACUUUAUUUGAUAGAUAAUUGUGUUGAUUGGUUUUUUAUUGAGAUAUAAAUUUAAUUUCAAUUUUAUACAUAUUUAAAAUUCGUUAUUAAUUCAUGAAAAUGGGUUUAAAAGUUUCCAAGUGGCCAUCACACAUGUCACCUGAUAAUUCUUUAUUUUU